UCUCCUCUCGAGCUGUCCACGCUGACAGCUCAAGAGGAGAGGAGAGCAGGGCAGCAGUGCCACCUGUCAGUGUCCAUCAGUGCCAGCUGUCAGUGCUCAUCCUUGUCACCUGCCAGUGCCCAUCAGUGCCAUAUCAAUGCCACAUUUCAGUGCCUACCAGUGCACAUAAAUGCCACAUAUCAGUGCCCAUCUGAGCUGCCUUUCAGUGUCACCAUCAGUGCCAGUCAGUGCCACCUAUCAGUGCUGCCAAUCAGUGCCACCUAUCAGUGCCAGUCAGUGCCA